AUGGAGACCGCAGAGCCUGUAUCGUACGAGUUCCCCGGCCAUGCCGUUGGUGCUGUUGCUUCCCGUCGCAUGCUGGGGUCCAACAUCAACCAUAACUUCUCCUUUUACACCAACCCUACAGCAUCGUUUCCAUUGCCGUACCACCAACCACCUUCGGCGACAUACAGCUUCAGCCAUCCUCUCAAUACUCAUCACCACCAUCAACACCACCAACCACAACCACAACACCCCCAACAUCACAAUCACCAUCACCAGCAUCCAGGAUACCAGCAUUUUUUCGUUCCCAAUCACUCGCUCAACGCGCAGUCUGCGCGCCUCGCCUCAGAGCCUCCAUUAGCCCAGCCGAUCCCGGACAUCCGACCUGCCAGAAACGCUGUCAACAGGGUGUCCGGAGAUUCCGUGGCUAAAGUCGAGCAGAGAGCUGCACCUCAAUCCAGCUCGGUCGCCGCAGCUCCUGGUAACGGAGUAUCUGCUCAUGAGAAGAACCCAAAUGCGAGCGAAGUUGAGUUCUCAACAGAGGUGGAUGUGUUGAUGAAAGCGAUUCAAGCCAAGGAAGCCUCGCAGCCGGCAGCAUUGCAGUCGCUACCGCCGUUGCAGCAGUUGACCCAUGGAGGAGGAAAUGGCUUCGCCCAGGGUUACAUGUCAGCAGUUGUAAAUCAUCGAGGGGCUGUUAUUGCCGAUGAGUCUCAAUCCCGCUCGGCGAAGAAGCGCAAGUACACUUGUACUCUGCCGCACUGCGGAAAGAGUUUCGCUCAGAAGACCCAUCUGGAUAUACACAUGAGAGCCCAUACUGGGGAUAAGCCGUUUGUCUGCAAAGAACCUACUUGCGGCCAGCGAUUCUCGCAGCUGGGUAACCUUAAGACCCAUCAGAGACGCCACACCGGAGAGAAACCUUUCACCUGCGACGUAUGUCAAAAACGCUUUGCCCAGCGAGGCAACGUCCGCGCCCACAAAAUCACCCACCUAAAAACAAAGCCAUUCACGUGCCUUCUCGAGGGCUGCGGCAAACAGUUCACGCAGCUUGGAAACCUCAAGUCGCAUCAAAACAAAUUCCAUACACAGACGCUCCAGGCCCUAACCAAGAAGUUCUCCGCUAUGAUUGAUGGCGAACACAUGAGCCCUCAAGACCGGAAACUGUGGGAAUAUUUUGCAGGACUAUACAAGAAUAGUAACAAGGGCAUCAAGGGGCGUGGGAAGGACCGCAGAAUCUCUCCGUCCUCCAAGACGAACGUUAGUGCUGAUGGAAGCCGGCGUCCCGGUGCUGAUGAUCAAGCCCGUCGUGGGAGCUACGAAGAUUCCGUAUACACAGGCGCAUCCAGCAGCGAUGAGGAUAACGAGGACCCAUACUUCAUUGAGAAGCGCGGUGACGAGUAA